GGUGUGCUUUCCUUCUGCUCUUUCUCACUGCUUUCCUUCUGCUCUCACAUGCCAUACUAGGAAUGGGUCUCUUGAAAUUCCUGGGUCUUCUGGGUUUCUUCACCCUUUGCAGAGCAGGUCAAGACAUCGAGUGCGACAACUUUUCUGACCUGAACUUCCAUGAGACGUUCAUUGGAACCAACCUUUAUGUGCGUCUGCUCCUCUACACCCGUGCCAACCUGAAUUGUGGUCAAGAGCUGCCCCAUCAUAAUUUUACCAAGGAGCCCCUGUUUGAUGUGAAAAAACCCACCACCUUCGUCAUACAUGGCUACAGGCCCACCGGUGCCCCACCCAUCUGGAUCAACCACAUUAUACACCUGCUGGCAGCUCAGGCAGACAUGAACAUUUUGGUAGUAGACUGGAACCGAGGUGCUGCCAACCUCAACUACUUCAUCGCUGUGACCAACACACGCCGCACUGCUAUCAACAUUACAGGCUUUAUUGAGAGGAUGAGGGAUCAGGGAGCAUCUCUCGACUCAAUCCACCUGAUAGGGGUCAGCCUGGGGGCACACGUGGCUGGGUUCAUAGGAGCAAUGCUAGGAGGCAAAGUGGGCAGAAUCACAGGUCUGGACCCGGCAGGACCAAUGUUUGCAGGCGUCCCUCCAGACGAGCGCCUUGAUCCAACGGAUGCCCAGUUUGUAGACGUCCUACACACAGACAUGAACUCCUUUGGACUCAAAGGAACUCAUGGACAUAUUGAUUUCUACGCCAAUGGUGGACAAGACCAACCUGGCUGCCCCAAGACUAUCUUCUCAGGAAAAUCCUACUUUGUAUGUGACCACCAGCGUGCUGUUUUCCUCUACCUGUGUGCUCUGAAUCACACCUGUAACAUCACUGCUUACCCCUGCUCCUCCUACAGUGACUUCCUCAAUGGCCAGUGUCUGCAAUGUGAAGCCUUUAAGCCAGCCUCCUGUCCUGUCUUGGGAUAUGACAUGAGUCCAUGGAAGAACACACUCUUGAAACUGGGACAGACAAGAGUCUAUUUCUCCACCACAGCAGAUCCGCCAUACAGGAAGACAAGCUACAGAGUUGAUAUUGUAACCUGGAAUCAGUACUUGCGAUGGGGGGUGGUUACUCUCCGCCUGCACAGUGGAAAAAACGUGACAGAGACCAGGAUUGACCAUAAGCUGCUGCGGUUUGAGCAGUACACUGCCACACGAAUGCUGGCCCAGUUUGAUGAGGACUUGUAUCCAGUUCAGAAGAUAUCCUUGCGGAUCAUCACCGGGAACGUGAUAGGACCCCGUUACAAGCUUCGCCUCAUCCGCAUUCGAAUAACCCCACUUGACCGGCCAGACAGGCCACUGAUGUGCCGAUAUGACUUAAUUAUGGAGGAAAAUGCUGAGAUCACCUUCAAGCCAUUACCAUGUGAUGAAUCUCGUCUAUAAGCGCUCACCAUACAGAACUUCAG